ACAGCCACUUCUCUCCGACUUCCUCUGUCCUCCUUUCCUGGUGCAGCCUGGGAGGAGGGAGGGGAAUGGAUCUUUUCUGUGUGAGUCGCCGGUGCUCCCUCAGCCUGCUCCUUAUCACCUGCCCUUGACACACUGUUAACAGACGAGACCGAGAGGAUUGAGCUGCUCCGCUCACACCUCCCUUGCCAACACGCCGCCUGUGUUUACAUGAGCAGCUGCAUUUAGUUGUAUUUCACUCCGGCUGUUUCUUUUUUUUUCUUUUUUGUUUUUUUCCUGUGUGGCUCUUCAGCGGAGUGGUGAACAGAGGAACAUCUGUCCCCGGACGGCGGAAGCUCUGAUGGGAGGCAGCGCUGACUCUGGCUGGGACUGGGGAUGCUGAACGGAGGGAGGGAGGGCCUGUUUGAGCUGGGACAGCAGCUCCAGCAGCAGGGGGAGUACCAGGCCGCCCUCCACUGCUUCCUCAGCUGCCUGUUGGGACUGACCCAUGUGCAGAGCUUCACUUCUCUGCCCAACUGCUUGCACCAGAUUGCAGAACUCUUCAUCACUGAAAAGAAUUAUGGAAAGGCCCUGCAGUUCAUCCAGGCUGAAAAAAUGUUCUAUGAGGUGGCAUUGAUUGAGCUCACCGCCCUCCAGGGCAACGCAGGGCCUCAGGAGGAGGCUACCCUGGGAUCUGCAGGAUGGACAACCCCAGAGGAACUUUCGGAACAGGCCUCCCAGGCCCAGCACCUGGAACGGUUGGCUCAGCUCUGCAUCAUGAGCAAACAACCUCAUCUUGCCCUAGAAUACAGCGGUAAGGCUACAAAAAUUCACCAGAGGGCCUUUGGCAAUGACCAUCCCAUCACAGCCAGAAGCCUGGAGCUCAUGGCGACCGUCUAUGCUGAGAUCGGCAAGACUGAAUAUUCAGAUUCUCUGGGCCAGUGUGUUUCUGCGCUGUCCAAACGCUUCGCUGCUGCAGAGUCCCUCAGAGACACGGUCAACUGUCUUCCUCAUUCCCACCGGGAGAAACACUCAGAAGUACGCCACAGAAAGGACACCCACCACCAACAGGAGGACUCGCUGAAGCCUAAGGUAACAAAUGGCAAAGUUCCCACGUCCAUAUUGAAGCGGCCAAGUCCCAACUAUGGGCCAGACACAGAACCCAACCACAGACGGAAAGGCGAGCGGAGGGUUCGAUUCAGGGAGCCAGAGACCACAGUACAUGACAUUCCUUACUCUGACUGUUUAGGUGCCUAUGAGACGACGCCGUCCCGACCACACCUCGCCCUGUUCACAUGCCUCUUCCUGCUGAUGUCAUUCCUGGGCGUGGCCAUGUACUGCACGGACCGCCGGCGCCCACAGCGUGUGUGCGAGGAGCUUGAGGCCUCUUUGGCCGUCUACCUGCUGCACAUGAAACAGCUCCUCUGGGGCUGCUGGAUAUGGCUGACCAUGCAGUGACUGUGCCCGGCCACAGGUGGAGACAUGGAGCCUCUUCUUCAUAUUUUUUAUUUAUUUCUUUUCCAGACCCCUCUUUUUUUUUUUUUUCCUAUCUCUGAAGGUGCACAGGCCCACGAACACCUCAGCUGUCUGACAAGGCUCUGUGCACUGUCCGUGGCGUGGCGCCACUCCCGCAGCGAAGAAGGGAAACACGUGUAAUCCCAGAAAUAUGUAGCUUCCAUGUCUGUAUGUAUAUAUGUAGUAAGGUGGUCGACAUGCCACUGCAUAUAUUUAAGUUGUGAUGGCAUCUUGUUCGUCGCGGUGUUGAUGCUCACAUAUAACGCUCACAUAAUCUCCACGUCCAUGUGACUUUUCAGUUCACGUCACAGUAUACCGUCCGUGAGUUUCCAUGGAAUGCAAAUAUUUAUUUUGUUACAGUACAUGAUUUGUGUGUAUCCGAUAUUACACAGAAAUGAAUGUGUAUAUAUGGCUCAAUAUACUAAGGACUAUCACAGUAUUUAGCCUUGUAACUGCACAUAAAUGAAUGUAGCGAUGUCUGAAAAAGAAAAAAGAAAAAAAAAGAGGCUUCGAUUGGCACGGCGUACACGUGACAGGAGCCGGAUAGAAGUGUCAUGUGUGAACUGUUUGAUGAUGAUCUGUCAGAAAGAAAACACAGGGCUGCAUCACUUCACAGGCUGAAUGACUUAAGAGGCGACAACCGCCUCGUUCCUACCAGACUGUCAGGUCAUCCGCAUUGGACGGCCGCCAGCCUGAUUUCCUAGUUCCACUGAGAACAUCUGCAGCACAAUAUUAUCUAUGAUCAGACAAUAUACUCAAACUGAAUGAAUGCAAAAUGCUUUUGACAGUUUCUCUUUAUAACCGCUCGAUUCCCACAAAAGACUUCUAUAUUGUAUAUCUGCAUCUUCGCAAGUGUCUGACUUUCAGUUGAAUUUUUUAUCUUUUUGUUACCUGUAGUAUUUCUAUUCAAAAACGAUAUCCAGGUUUUAAUUGUGAUGUCAGAUUCCCCCAUCGGUUUUUUCGGAGGAGCGCCGCGGCUGGGCGCGGGCUCCGGCACACAUCCGCUCCGGCAAAAAACAUCACUUUCAUCGCUGUUUUUCGAGGCCAAACACAGAGACGUAACAGAGCCAGAUUGCGUAUAUGACUGUGCGAGUCGCUUUAUCAAAGGAAGCAAUUAGAUUUCAGACAGCCAAAUCACCGCACAAAUGGAUCACAGGUAUCAAAGGGCACAGUGAUGCACAUCCCACAUACCUCUCAUUAUGAGCAAUAACACACAUCACAUGGCUUCCAUUAAAACACUGCUCUUUAUAUAACAGGUUUCAGGGAAUUCAAGAUGAAAAGGAUUUGGAGGAGCUCACAUUUGAAUGUCAAAGCAAUAGAGGGCUAGUAACGCCUGUAUGGAAGAAAGAAAGAAAUACAAAAUACUCCGUACUGUCAAACUAAAUUGUCAUUAGCAAUAAAAACAAUACCCAGUGAACUCAUGUCCUGUAUAUGCACAUUUAGCUUAAAGCUGCAUUUCACUGCUGUCCAGAACAUUUAUGGUCACUUUGAAAGAAGUGCCUUUUAUGGAGGGUUUUCUUAGUUCCUACCGUUUUAUGAUUUCAAUUGUUUUGAAUAAAACUGUCAUUGCCUAUCAAAGUCAAACAAAGCGACGUGCUUUCUUCAUGAAAAUGAGCCAAAGUGGAAUGUGAAGGAACAGGGGGAGAGAGAUGCAUGCAGGUACAUUUGUGUGUCCACUCGAUGCUAUGAUACGCUAAUUAGUUUGAAGCCUGAGUUACUACUGUAUAUGGCACAAAAUAUAAUCUGUCUUUUUUUUUUAUAUAUAUAAUUUUU